AUGUCAUCCCAUCCCUCAAGUCGUCGUCGACGACGCGACCCAGACGACGAUAGCGAUUCCUCCUCUGCUUCCGACGGACCCAAACGCCUUCGCUUGGCUCGACGUGCUCAUGACUCCGACGAUGAAUCUAUAUCGCAAAACAUACUUCGUACGAACGGCGUUAACGGAAUAAAGUCUGAACCCGACAAAGAUGGGUUCCAGCCGGGUGCUAUCCGCCGUGUAAAGGUUGAGAAUUUCGUCACCUACGAAAGGGCAGAGUUUUUUCCUGGUCCCAACCUCAACAUGGUCAUCGGACCGAAUGGAACUGGGAAGAGCUCUCUCGUCUGUGCCAUCUGUCUAGGCUUGGGCUUCAGCCCGAAGCAUCUUGGCAGAGCCGGUAACGUUAAGGAGUUUGUCAAACACGGCAAACCUACAGCGGUCAUUGAAAUUGAGUUACAACGUCGACCGCAGGAUAGAACGCAUCACGUUAUUCGAGUACAGAUCGACCGUGAGAGGAACAGCCAGAAGUGGUGGCUCAACGGGAAAGACAGCACGCACAAGAAAAUUCAGGGCCUCAUGAAGGACCUGAAAAUCCAAGUGGACAACCUCUGCCAAUUUCUGCCACAGGACCGCGUUGUCGAAUUUGCUUCUGCUACCCCGAUUGACUUGUUGCAUGAAACUUUGCGUGCUGCAGCACCGCAAGAGAUGCUUGAGUGGCAGAAAGAGCUACAGGAACUUCAUAGAGAACAAAAGGACCUCCAGCGGGGCUCUACGAACUACGCCGACCACCUCAAAACCCUCGAGGACAGACAGCAUGAUAUGCAAAAUGAUGUCGACAGGCUCCGCGAGCAGCAGGAAGCUCAGCAACGUGUCGUUGAUCUCAAAGAUGCCCGACACGUAGCUGAUUAUCUCGAAGCGAGAUCUCUUUACCAGCAAAAGAGGAAUGAAGAAAAAGAUGCCAAAAAAAUUCUGAAGAAGCUUGAAGAAGAGGCUUCACCUUCCUUAGAGGCUGUGAAUCGCAAGCAGGAAUACCACGACAGGGUUUCCGUAGUGGUUCGUGCUCGCAAGGAUGCACUGCGACGUGCGGAAACAGCAGCCGACACCUUACUUAACCAGAUCGAAGACGCUGAAGAACAGUCAAGAGCCAUUGGUGCUAAAUUAGAAACCAACCGGAAAGGAUAUGAUGUGAAGAGACAAGAACUGGGCAAGAUUCGAAGCAAGAUUGGCGUCUUGGAAAACCAGAAGAAGAACAAACCCCAGGAGUUCAACGCUCAAGAACAUAAUACCCAGAUUCGAGAGAAGGAGCAUCAACUCCGGGAAAUCGAGACGGACCUUCGCCAAGCGGAUGGGAAGAUGAGAGACAUCAAGGAGCAGGGUCAUGCCAAAACGCACAUGAAAAACAAGCUUAAUCAAGAGCUCGAAAGUCUGAACUCGCAACAAGGACAGCUUCUCAACCUUAUUCAGAAGAAAUGGCCUGACGUUGCCAAAGGAUGGGCUUGGCUUCAAGAAAACGGGGAUAAGUUUGAAAAGGAAGUUUUUGGGCCACCUGCUCUGUGUUGUUCUGUCAAGGACGAGCGAUACUCUGACCAGAUUCAGGCACUCUUACACAAUGACGACUUCCUCUGCUUUACAACUCAAACCAGGGAGGAUCAUAAGAAGCUCAGCGACUACUUUUAUGGACAACUAAGUCUCUCUGUCAACACCCGGUCUAUUUUCAGAUCGAUGCAGGACUUCAAACCUAAAAUAUCUCGGGAGCAGUCCAAAAGUCUUGGUUUCGACGCAUUUGCGAUUGACAUGUUGAGCGGGCCGGAACCGGUUCUCGCUAUGCUUUGCAACGAAAAAAAGCUGGAUGUCGCUGGUAUUGCUUCGUCUGACAUUAAUGACGCUCAAUACGAGCGCAUUAUCCAGGAUGGGAUCAUCAACAGCUGGGCCACUGGUAGGCAACUUUACAGGGUGUCUCGACGCAGGGAUCUCGGCCCUCAGGCCGUUUCAACUAUGACCAGGAGCAUUCAGAAGGGCCUGUUCUGGACAGACCAGCCUGUUGAUGAGGCUGAGAAGAACGAGAUUCGACAUCGACUGAGCGAAGUUGAGGCAGAGUUUGAGGCCCUGAGAACGCAGAAUGCUGAGGUCAAAGCUCAGAUGAAUGCCCUUAACGAGAGGAGGAAGGAGAUUAAUGAAGGCCUUAAAGUACUCAGGGAAAGAAAGAAUGAACUACAAAAAGCCCACAAUGCUUAUCAAGCAAUUCCCAUCAAACUUGAGUCUGAGAAGAAGGCAUUGGAACAGAAGAAGGCGGAGGCCGAAGAGGCAAAGACAGAGCAUCAAAAACUUGGCUUUGAAAAAGAUAUAGCCGUCUUGAACAAGGCCAAAGCUACUCUACGCCAUCAUGCCGCAAUCGCUGCUAUUCGGGAAGCACAGGAAGCUCUGUUGGAGGCUCAGAUUUGCGAAAUUGAAGCCACGUCCGAUGUCGAAGGUCUCAAAGUUAGGAACAGCGACCUAAUGCAGCAACUUGAGGAGGAGAAGCAACACAUUGAGGCGUUAGUUCAAGAGUCUCAGCGAUGCAGAGCUCGUGCUGAGGCAGCCCGAGGCAAGGUGGCACAACUAUUCCAUGACGAUCCUGACAGGAGGGAUGUGCUAGAGGGCUUGGCCAAGGACAAGUCUGUUGAGGAUGUUGACAAUGAGAUUGCAGCUGAGGAGGGCAAACUCGAACUUAUUCACGUUACUAACCCUGGUGCCCUGCGCGAGUUCGAGAAACGCGCUCGAGAGAUUGAGAAGUUGCGUCAGAAGAUGGAACAUUCGACGACCAAGCUCGAGCACCUCAACCGUCAAAUCUUGCGGAUUCGCGAGAAAUGGGAGCCGAAACUUGACGAGCUCAUCAGCAAAAUCAACGACGCCUUCAGUUACAAUUUCGAGCAGAUCAAUUGCGCUGGAGAGGUUCGCGUACACAAGGAUGAGGACUUUGACCAGUGGGCACUGGACAUCAUGGUCAAAUUCAGAGAGAAUGAGACACUCCAGCAGCUCAAUCAACACCGCCAAUCUGGCGGUGAGCGCGCUGUUUCCACCAUUUUCUAUCUCAUGGCCCUUCAGUCAAUGGCGCAGUCUCCCUUCCGAGUUGUUGACGAAAUUAACCAGGGUAUGGACCCUCGUAACGAGCGCAUGGUACAUGAGCGUAUGGUCGAAAUCGCGUGUCGUGAGCACACAUCACAGUACUUUCUCAUAACACCCAAGCUGCUUACGGGUCUCCGAUAUGACCCACGCAUGCGUGUGCUCUGCAUAGCCAGCGGCACACAUAUGCCCCAGGAUGGCAAAAAGCUUGACUUCGGGCGCUGUCUGCAAAUUCACAAGCGCGUGACGGCCAGCGCAUAG